CUCCGCCUCGUGGCGGCGAUCAGCUGCGCGCGCGUCACGUGGGCGCGUGUCGAAGGUCACGGCGCCCACAAUGGAGCUGUCGGCGUACGCGCAGGGAGGGUGGCGGCUGCUGGGCGACCCCCGGCGCUUCCCCCGCCGUUCUUACGCCGCUCUGCUCCGCGCCGCCUUCCGCAGCCUCCUCCUAGGGCACUCCCAGGAAGGGUUGGGGCCGCGGAUGCUGCGCGGAGCGCGCAAGGCAGCGCGCUGUGCUCCGCGGCAUGCAUACGCGUGUCUGUGCUGCGGGCUAUCCCGUCGCUCGGCACAUAGGCACGGGGGGGGAGUCGCCCUUGAACGGCUCCAGGGUGCCGCUGCGCGGGUGUCAUCGCUAAUGCGCGCACGCUUCGACGAUCCGGACCUGAAAGAUAUUGACCCCACGGUAUUAAAACAUUGCCAUGCUGCGGCUGCCAUGUGUAUUCUGGAGGCAGGAAAGCAGAAAGCCGACAUAUCUGCUAUAAGCACAUGUCUAGAAGACUGUAAACUGGAUAAAGAGAGAAUAGAACAGUUUUGCACCGAAUAUCAGAAAAACAAGGAUGCAUUGGAAAUCCUGUUGGGAAGCAUAGGCAGAUCUCCUCUCCAUAUAACUGAUGUGUCUUGGCGCUUGGAAUAUCAGAUCAAGAACAAUCAACUUCAUAAAACUUACCAGCCUUCCUACUUGGUGACCUUAAACGUAGAGGAGAACAGUGAUUCAGGAUCACACCCAGAUGUUAGCUUUAGUUGCACGAUGGAGCAGUUACAGGAUUUAGUUGGAAAACUAAAAGAUGCUGCAAAAAGUUUAGAAAGAGCGUCUCAGAUCCCAAAGUCUCGACCCCCUUCCCGCUACCGCGGCGCUUUUGCUCCGUUGUCCACAGCGCUUUGUCAGUUCGCCACAACCAGUCUUGAAUCCUCUGCAAGAGCGGCGGCUGUACCGGUAACGGAGGCAAAAAGGGCUGUGGAAGCUGCCUGCGGGGCCGGGGCACCCCACGAAAAGCCGCAGCCCGCAGGAUCGAGCGGAGCCGGCUGUCGGCUCCAGCCCGACGGCGUCUUCCCGCCCUCGCGGGGCCGCUCCGCGCCCGCCGUCGGGACCGCUGCCGUCCUCUACCGCCCGCCUUGGGCCGCCCCGGUGCCGGUGGCCGCUGCGGAGCACGUCCGCACCUGCAGGAGGGGGCACAGCGGCCCCGCGGAAGAAGCGCGGCGGCGGGCGGGCCCUCGCCCUGCCGCGGCGCCCGGCGUAGAGCUGGGUUCUUCCCGCCCCGCUGCGUCUCUCCCGGGCUGCGGGCGGCGUCUUGUCCGCGGCGGCGGAGAGCACCAGCGACGGUUUCCCCGCUUCCCUCCCGCCCACUGCGGUGGAAGCGCCCGGUGCUCCCCGUCUGCCGGGGGGGGGGGGGUGGGGAAAUACCCCGGGUGCCCUCGACACCCGCUGCGCCGCCGCUCGGGGAGAGGAAGCCUCGGCGCGGCCCCAGGGGGUCGCGUCCCCCCCGACGCCGGCGACCCCGCCAAGUCCCGGGGCCGCGUGCGGCCGAGGAUCAGCACGCACGAGGCGGCGGGGGCGCGAGGCCGCGGGGCAGUGCCCCUCGGGGGGCUCGUUCCGGGGCGUGCGGGACGUAACAAGUGCGGGGUGGUGGGCGAGGGCGGCGUGCGGGAACAGCGGGUGUGCGGGCAGAGGGGCUGCGGAGAGGAUAGAGAGGGCAGCGUCGGGCGGGGCGGGGGAGGCACCACGUCGGCAAUAAUAAAGAGAGGAACGCGAGCGAGGCCGCGAGGCGGAGCGGGGGGCAGAGGGAGAGACAAUGGGCUGGUGGAGAGAGGACCCAUCCGGACCGGGGAGACUUUGCGCUCCCAGCGCCUGAGCCGCCGGGGCGGCGAACUCGGAGGGAGAGAGAGCGAGAGGGAGCGAGAAGGGCCGGUGGACGACCGGAGGAAACACGGGGAGCGCGGCGCGGCGGAGGGAGGGAGGGAGCGGAGGGGGAGAGGAGCGAUCUCAGACCAGCUCCUCGCACCGAGUCGACGUGGAGAGAGGCCCCUGAGAGGAUCCGAAAUGGCCGAGGCUCGGGAGGAGCCUCUGGCGCUCGCCUCCUCCGGGCUGCGACCCCGAAGCCCGGCUCGGUCCUGGCUGCCCCGCACCGCGCCCCGGCACCCUCCCGGCUGUGGCACCCGGACCCCGCCCGCACCACCCCCGUCCUCCCCGCCCUCCCCCUCCCCUCGCAACCGGGCUCCCAGACCCCCGCGGGCUCCUCGGCUCUUCCACCCCCUCCGCCAGCCCCCGGGCCCCGCGUCCCACCCCCUGGCCCGGCUCGGCUCGGCCCGGCCCGCCCCCCCAGCCCGCCCCCCCGCCCGGCUCUCAGCGGAGCAGAUCCGGAUCGGCACCGAGCAGCAUCGGCAGCCGCCCGGACCCCCCUCGCGGGCCGGCCCCGCCGCCCCGGUGCCCGGCCCCGCUCCGAGGUGCGUGUCCCCCCCUCUGUCCCUCCCCCGCCGCCGCCCCUCCCCGCUCUCCGGAAAUGCCAGGGCAGCCGCACCGGGAGGCGCUGGUUCCCCUUUGUGCUGCUCGCCGGCAGCCCGGUGCCCGGCCGGCUCCCCCCUCAGAGCUCCCCUCCGUCCCGCCGCAUCGCCGCUGAGCCGCCCGGGGAGCCCGAGCCGGCUGGUGCCCCGCCGCUCCGCGAGGAGAGCCGGUGUCCGCCCAGGAGCGGCGCGAACCGCCCCUCGCCACGCCAAAAUGCACCGAACCACCAGAAUCAAAAUAACCGAACUAAACCCCCAUCUCAUGUGCGUGCUCUGCGGCGGGUACUUCAUUGAUGCAACAACCAUCAUAGAGUGCCUCCACUCCUUCUGUAAGACCUGUAUCGUGCGUUACUUGGAGACCAGCAAGUACUGUCCCAUCUGCGAUGUCCAAGUUCACAAAACUCGACCACUUUUGAAUAUAAGGUCAGAUAAAACUCUCCAAGAUAUUGUAUACAAGCUAGUACCAGGCCUUUUCAAAAAUGAAAUGAAAAGAAGAAGGGAUUUUUAUGCUGCUCAUCCAUCGGCUGAUGCUGCCAAUGGCUCUAAUGAAGACAGGGGAGAAGUGGCUGACGAAGACAAAAGAAUUAUAACAGACGACGAGAUAAUAAGCUUAUCCAUUGAAUUCUUCGACCAGAAUAGACUGGAACGGAAAGGAAAUAAGGAGAAAGAAAAAUCAAAGGAAGAGGUGAAUGACAAAAGAUACUUGCGCUGCCCAGCAGCAAUGACAGUGAUGCAUCUAAGAAAGUUCCUGAGGAGUAAAAUGGAUAUACCCAACACUUUCCAGAUUGAUGUGAUGUACGAAGAGGAACCUCUGAAGGACUACUACACCCUAAUGGAUAUUGCCUACAUCUAUACCUGGAGGAGGAACGGGCCUCUCCCCCUGAAAUACCGGGUCCGACCUACUUGCAAGAGGAUGAAGAUCAGUCACCAGAGGGAAGGCUUAAAUAAUAGUGGGGAGCUGGAAAGUGACUCUGGGAGCGACAAGGCGAGCAGCCCAGCGGGAGGCAUCCCCUCCACCUCCUCCUGUUUGCCCAGCCCCAGCACACCUGUCCAGUCUCCUCACCCCCAGUUCCCCCACAUCUCCAGCACCAUGAACGGCACCAGCAGCAGCCCCAGCAGUAACCACCAGUCCUCCUUUACCAACAGAGCACGGAAAACAUCGAUAAAUGGCUCCUCGGCCACUUCAUCUGGUUGAUGUGCCAACCAGGCUACUACCCCCCUGCCCCUUCUUUAUAUAGAUCUCUCCAUGCCAUUACAGCUUUAUAGAUGCUAAUCCAUGUGACUCUCGUCCAAAUUGCUUUCUUUUGUAGUGACACUGAACUUGGCUAUAAAAGGACUAAGUGACAUUCAGGAUGGACGUUAAUGGAAACGCAAGAUUGAAAUGUAAAUGGUUUUCAGAGGACUGGGUAGCAAACAAAAGUUACACCUUCACCUUGUUCUGAGUGAUACGGAGUUGUUUCCGUCCCCCAUCAUCUGGACUCGGCAGUCUCCAGAAGUCAAUCCAAAUCCCAGGAAGUAGUUUGUUAAUCCAGACUAACUCCUCCAUUGCGUUCUCUUCGAUUGUUAUUGUUCUUAUGCUGUUUCGUGAACCUGUAGAAAGCAAGUGCUUUUUCAUCUUGAAAUCCAACAAAAUGGAAAGAAUAUGCAUAGAAUAAUGCAUAUAUGUAGCCAUGUCACUGUGAAUAACAAUUUUUGCGUAUUAGCCAUUUUGAUUCUUAUGUUGCAUCUUUUACUCCUCUGUUGCUGCGCAGAACCGAUCAAAAGAAAAGUAAACUUCAGUUUUACAAUCUGUAUGCCUAAAAGCGGGUAUUACCGUUUUAUUUACUGACUUGUUUAAAUGAUUCGCUUUUGUAAGAAUCAGAUGGCAUUAUGCUUAUUGUACAAUGCCAUAUUGGUAUAUGACAUAACAGGAAACAGUAUUGUAUGAUAUAUUUAUAAAUACUAUAAAGAAAAUAUUGUGUUUCAUGCACUCAUGAUAUGGUUGUUAAAUUUCUAAACUGGUUCGACCCUUGCAGAUGCCGCCUGUUCGAGCUUUGCUCAUACUGCAAGAAACACUUUGCGUGUGAGAGCUACAGUAUUGGGAAAGCACAUUUGAGUCUCUGAUAUAACCAGAAGACAAUUGGCGAUCUUGAAAGGAUUUUACUGGCUUUGUCUUGUUUUUUUUUUCUUUUCCAAGUGAUAUAUUUUUACUUUACCAAAUGCUGAAGUGAUGCAGUGAAGAAAAAAAGUAAAAAAAAAAAAAAAAAAUAUGUUGAUGGACAUGGAAGUUUUUGACCUGUUUGGUUACUUUUUUAUUAUUUGGUGUGGUGGGACUGUGUUUCUAAAAGCACACGGAAUCAUUAGAGAAGCCAUAAACUAUUUGGUAUAAAUUUUAUGGAACCAGCAAGUGGCUGGGUGAAGGCAUUUUAUCUAAAUUUGUUUUAAUAUAUAUGUAUAUGGUACAGUACUAACUUCAUUAAAAUUUAACAGGUACUUUAAUAUUUCAGAUAAAUCCUGGAGAAUGCCUCCUCUUUAAUGGCCUGCAAAUAGGUGCAUUUUAGGGUAUUUUGGUUUUGUUUUUUUUUUCUCAGUAGAAGAAACUUUUCCACCAUAAAAUCUGAACAGCCCAGAACACUUUUCAGUUUGUGCUUUGCUUUGGUCGAACUUUGUGUGUGUUCAUCACCCAUCAAUUAUACAUUUGUGAGGGUGUUUAUUCUAUAUGGAUAUUGUUUCAUGUUUGUACGGGAAAAUUGUAGUUAAACAUUUCAUUGUCUCCAGUCUGCAAAAGAAGCACAAUUCUUAUUGCUUUGUCUUGCUUAUAGUCAUUAAAUCAUUACUUUUGCAUAUAAA